UCAUUGUACAACGGCUUCCAACGUCCACAGCAUUUUAGUGAAACCUAUCAUAGCUCAGGUCAUAUCAACGAGCAAAGAGCAAUCAUGGCUUCUGUCUUGACCAUCGGUGUUGGAGUUGCUGUUGCAGCGUUCCUCGGCAGAGCAGGUCUAGUAGCAUUACGGCGCUCUCGAGGAGAAGCAGUCGGAGCACUGGGAAAGGCAUUUUAUAAGGGAGGAUUCGAGCCAAGGAUGAACAAGAGAGAAGCUGCGCUCAUCCUCCAGCUCAGCGAACGACAACUUACGAAAGAACGGAUACGAAAGAACCAUCGAACUCUUAUGAUGUUAAAUCAUCCCGAUCGAGGUGGAAGUCCCUACCUAGCAACGAAAGUCAACGAAGCGAAAGAGUUCUUGGAGAAGAACUCGUAAGCAUACGGCAGCAGGCCUUGUAAGAAAGACUGUAUUAUAGGGUACUUUGAGAUUUUGAUGCAUCAGCGACGGCGUUUCAGCGACAUCUGGUUAAUAUGCCCACUUGGGCGGAUCUCUUCUCCGAAAAGAAUUGAAGUCACAUCUGCAUCUUGGUAUGGAAAGAUCAUCAUUCAUUGUGCAAUGCUAUCGACCAGA